AUGGCAAUACCUGCACUAAACAUGAUAAUGCUACCGUCAAAUCGCCGUCAAUGUUCACGAAGCCAUGUUCGCCAUCAGACCAGUUCCGGUCAGUAUGGCUUCUGCAGGACGAUGGUCAGCAGUUUUGUCAGCUGGACAGCUUCGAUGACUCUUCUGAUUUCUUCUGUGGUGUUGACCCAGUAUUCGCGCUCCGGUAGCGGCGUGGCGGCGCUGUCCUGUGCGGCCUGUGACCCAACUCUGUGUCCGGACACGUCGGACUGUACCGGUGGGUUGGUUCUGGACAUCUGUCGCUGCUGCCAGGUGUGCGCCCGGACGGAGAAUCAGAGGUGUGGCGGCAUGUUUGGGAUUCUGGGCAAGUGCGAUGGCCACCUUCACUGCUUCAUCAGUCCGGUCGAUGGACGGCCGAUCACGGGCGACGAGGAAGGAAUUUGUAAAG